AUGGGUCCUAAAAAAGCCAAAAACGAAACAGACGAUGAAAAUUACUGGAGAUUAUGCAUCGAAGAUACGCCGCUUGAUGAUGAAACGUGGACUGUUAAAGUAAUUUUAAUAGAAGCUGCUGGCAGUGAGCAUGAUCGUAUUUAUUUAAAUAAAUUUGAAAGUUAUGCCGCUGAAGAAAGAAGAUUUGUAAUAAAAAAUAUUUGUAAAACUGAAACCAUUUUUAUGAUUAACCAGCUCGGUGGUGAAAAGAAAGUUAAAGAUGAUAAUCUUCGAGUAUUUGAAGAAGGUCAAAGCUACCUAAAAGAAAAAAGAGAUGUGCCGCCAGAAAUAAUGGCGCUUAUUAUUAAACAUCUUAUUCUUAAAAUGAAGGAAGAGUAUCUUUUUAUCAAGCGACAAAGAUUAGAAGUACGCGAGGGAAUGAAAAAAUAAUCUGCAACGAUGAUUAAUAGAGCUGAAGUUAAAGGAACAGUUAAUGUUAAAUUACCUGAGCCACAAGAUGCCGCCCCAUCUUCUAAUAUAAAAAAAACGGAACCAGAUAGUGUUCUUGAUUCUAUAGAAAUAGAUGAGAAUAAAAAAUACAGUACACAAUUAAGAGUAAGAGGAGAAGAAUGGCGAGAUAAAAUAUAUAUCGAUGACUACCCAACAGAUGGUCCAAAUCUAUAUAUUGCUGUAACGGGAUUUUUAGAACCGUAUUUAGCGGGAUGUCUUAUAAAAGUUGGCAUUCCCUUAACAGCUGUAAUUCAAAUUCGCAUUGAUUCAACACACUCAUCUAUGCCAUCCAGUUUAUUUCGAGCCACAAAAAGAGGACAAAGUCAAACUGAAUUAUUGACCGAGAAAUCUCUAAAAUUCUGGGAAGACUUACAACAACUACGUAUAAACAAGGCAUCGGCAAAUGAUUUUAAAAAUACAGCUUUUGUCGUUUUUACACCACCUUACUGGGAUACUGAAAACAUAUCUGGUUGUACUGAAAAAAUUUACGAUGAAAUAUGUUAUUUAAUGUACGACAUACAAGAUUUGACUAGACAACAUAUGCAUUAUUUGGAUAACAUGGAUAUCAUUACUAUUCCCGAAGAAAAUAAAAUAGAUAAUUAUAAAUUAUCUUACUCAAAAUAUUUAGAAGGGAUACCAAUAGAAUCGCUUUCUGCAUAUUUGGUACUUGAUGCUGUUCUUCAAACCGUAUGUAAAACCAACACUAGCGAUAAUAACAGCAGUACUAAUAUUUCGUCAUUAGAAAACACGUCAAAUAUAGUUCCAGUUAACCAAAGUAACAUUGAAGAAAUUAGAUUACAUCAAUCUGAAAAACUUGUAAAAGAUUUAAUCAAUGAAUUCUGCAAGGGUGAUGCCCAAAAAAAGAAAUAUAGAGUUACAAACGGAGAUGAAUAUGUAGAUCACAAAAAACCAAUCAUUUUAAACUAUGGUGACUUUUGUAAAAAUAAAACCUUCCAUUUAGGCAAUAUAAACUUGGAUAAUAUAGUAUAUUCCAUGUUGUAUGGUAUCCCUUUGAAUAAACUGUGGCUAUAUAGAAAUAAACCAACAGAAGAGAUACGUGCGAGAAAUAAUUUUCAUGUUAAUAUGCUUUUAUCUUGUUUCGAUAGAGAUGACGUGGAAUCUGCGGAAUUAUGUAGACUAAUACAUAUUUUGACAUGCCGUAAACUAUACAAUAAUAGGAGUUCAUUAAAAAAAACACACAUAUUACCAUCAACCAUAGCCGAAUUUAAAAAAAUAUUUUUGAAACGCAGUAUCCUCGCCGAACCCCUUAAUAAAUAUUCUUCCUAUAGGUGCCAAACCUCUAUUUCUUCUUCGUUAUGUUCUUCAGCAUUGGAAGGAGAAGAAUCCUAUGAGAUAAUUAGCGAUGAAGACGAUGCAUCACGCGGUAUAAGACUUCUUUUCGAUUGUCCUGAUAUUACCGAAUUAGUGUCAGCAACAGAAAUAGCAAACCAAAAGCCAAGUGAACAUAUGAUCGACGAAUAUCAAUUUUUUGAAGAUUUCACAGGCUCGAGCGCCUUUCAAAUUGUUCUCGAUGCUUUCAACAAUUACAACUGCAUCGAUUAUAAGUAUUGUGAAGUAACUGACUGUUUUGUUACGAUGUUUUAUAAUAGCCACGAUAAAGACGGAAUUGCUAGAGAUGAAUGGCGUUGUCAUCUGCCAACACCCUUAUGUUUGCAAGAUUUUUUUGACUUUGUAUUAGAAGAGCAUUACGACUGGAUAAAAAAUGAAGAAAAAAUUUACGAUGAAUACAAUCUGCUUAAAUCGCAAUCGGAAUUCAAAAAUACUCAACUAUUCUUAACUGAAAAAUCGUGUGUAGAAAAUAGUGAAGUAGAGGUGGAUUUACUUAUGGAAGGCUCCUUAAAGUAUGAAGAAAUGAAGAAUGAUGAAAUAAUCGAUGUUGAAACAUCAGACUCAAAAGUAUUUUUAACGAAAAAAACUCCUUUAUCAACUACGGACAUAGAUUCCACUAAAAGCGGCAGGAAAACCAAGUCACCAGCAAUAUCUACGCCAAAAGUUUUACGCAAUGAUUCGGAAAUUGAAGCUAAUAUUGAGUCACCAAAAAAGCCGUUUUUUGGUUAUGAUUUAGGAGAUAGAAGAGUUGAAGUUUUUGGAAAAGAUUCCACAUAUUUUGCUAAAGAUGGUACUCGUGUUUCGAGUUCAUAUUUCUUAGUGAUACCUAUGAAUCUAGAAUUUGUUAACUUGAAUAUAAUUCCAGGAAAUUUAAACAAUGAGUUUUGGGUUCAUAACGAAUUAGGAGAUAUUAAAUUAGGAACAGUUGAUAUACGCGAGUCAUUCAGAGUUCACACCAAAGAUCAGUUAAUUAUAUACGUAAAAAAACAGUUGUAUAAAGUUGUGCGUUCCUUAAAAAGUCAGUCAGGCGAAACGAUAUAUAAAGCUAACCUACAAAAAUCCCCGUCAUUCGAUAUGAGCGACGUAAUUCCAGAAAUAUAUGAAACAAAAUCAUUUCAUUCUUUGUUUGUCACAUGGCCGAAUGGACUUAUUACGGAAAGUGUCCACGAAAAUAAUUCUGCCAAAAUUUCCCAUAUUAAGCAACACUAUAUUACUUCGUUGCAAAACCUCGAUGAAGAUAUGCGGUGCAUAAGUUUAGAAGGAGAAGUUGUUAUUUUUAAAAGUAAUAAUGAAAUUGAGAUAUUAAAACCAGAUUCCUCUUAUAUUAGGAUUACAAAGUGUGAAAAAAAGAUUAUUAAUGAUGAAAAUCCCGAAAGCUUAAUAACUGAAACGAAUUCUGAUAAAAGCAAGAAAGGAAAAGAUAAACAGACUAAGACUUCUUCAAAGCCAUCAAAAAAAAUGUCGAUAGAAAAUGAUAAAAAUACUCAUACACGAUCAAUAGAAUAUGAACUAAUUAUUGAAGAGUUUGAAACUAUAGGAAGUAAUGGAUUGAGACAAAAGUGGACUCAAAAUAACAAAUUAGAUAUAGAAAAAUUGCUAAUAAAGACAGCAACAGAUUUUUGUUUAGGCGAAAUAUUCUCGAAACGUAUGGACGGAACUACUAUUUUAUUAAAUAAGGAUGGAGUGCAAGUUGUUACUUUUCCUAAUAAUACAAGAAUAAUUACAAAUUUUAUUGUAGAGGAUGAAGAAAUUUUCCCAGAAUGGACUGAAGAGGAAAUAGAAUAUUUCGCAAUGAAUAAUUUAGAUCCCGAUGUAGGUAGUAUAAAAUCAGAGAGUGAUAUAAAUCAAAAUAACUUGGUACAUACUAAUAGCAUCAGCUCAGAUUAUUUUGCAUCUACAAAAUUGCAAGAAGUUGAUAACAACAUUGCUAGGGAAGAUGGAUACAUUUCAGUUAAUAUCAUUUAUACAAUCGAACAUGCUCAUUUUACAACAGUUACUAUUAAUAAAUUUAAUGAAAAAAUUUCCAUAGAAUCGCCAAAUAACACUUGCGUUACAGUUGACACAGAAAAUAUUUAUGAAUUUACUUUAGAUAAACAAACUUCAGCUCAUUUUGAUGGUAACACAUUGAAAAUAAAGUAUAAUGUGUGUCCCGAAUCUAAUUUCUAUACAAAUUGUGAAGUAAAAAUGAAAUCUGAAGAAAUUAACAGUGGGACCCAAUUCCAAAAAUAUUGGUUAAAUAUGACAGACUCAUGUAACACAUCUUGUAAAAAAAUAUCUGUUGAUGAAGAAGGCAAUAUAAAUGUUAUAGAAGAUGAUAUAAACGAUGAAAUGUCACCAGGGAGAAAUUCUAGUGAUUUGAAUGAUCAAAUUCAUAGGGGUUUUAGUAAUAACGCCAAAAUCACUGAAAAAAAUAUAGAAUCUCUUAAAUGUGAAGAAAUGUGGGAAUCAAAACAAUUAAAAUUUUUUGUUCUUAAACGUGAUCUAACAUGUUCUGAGCUGAUACAUCGUGCAAUCAUCGAAAGUUAUAAGGAAGUAUGUCGCAAUCAUCCAUGGUGUUCUAUUAACGAGUUCGAUACGUUCGGAGACCACCGCAGCAUUUGGUCCAUACUCACUCCAAUACAUCUUAACGAAACCGAGAAGUGGUUGAUGGAGUCGAAAUUAUCAUCUAAACCAAAAAAAUUAGCUUAUAAAGAUCUGAUUAACGAUUCCGGUAAAGGUUUUUAUCAUUGGAUGCGACCUUACAAGAGAUUUCAACCGGAACCAAUUAAGCCAAAACCUGUCCUACCGGAAAGACUACCUAGAGCCUUCGUAUUGCGAACUUUAGAACAACAGUGGAAUGACUCGCAAAGGGAAAGAUUGAGAGGUGCUAAAGAACUUUCGAAGGCUAUACUCUGCUACCGGAACCGAUUAGAGGCAAAUAGGGACACUAUUUUAAAAGUACCGGUUGAAGAUCGACGUUCAGAAAAUGAAAGCAAAACCGACGAUAUGGUGCAGGCUAUUGCAAACAGGGUAUAUAAGGAUUUAAAAGAUCGCCUGGCAGAGGAAAUCCAGCGUCGAGCACAACCAACGAUUACUACGAAACCUUGUAUAACUAUUGAUGAUAUGUCCGAAGAAGAGUCCGAGGAAGAGCUUAAAAUACUUAAAGAAAGAGAGGGAGACGUAAAAGAAACGGAAAAAGCGCAGGCAACGACUGUCAAUCUGAAACGUUAUUGGAACCGACGCGCUGAGGAACUCAAAGAGGAGCAGUUUUAUAAAUAUCUUCUUCGAGAGGGCAGCGUUCCUCCAUAUUUCCGUAAUGUACUCGGAGGAGCAAUUUGGUGGCAUAUGAGCAAAGCUGCGGACGACGCGGUUACAAAAGCGGAAAGACGUCAUAUGAAAUGUGUUUGUAAUGAAGAGUAGUUAUUGUAUAUUAUCU